UUUCCUUAAUUUAGACAAUUUUAAAAGAACAUAGAGCAUUUAAGAAGCGCACGGUAAAAUGAAUAUUUUUGAGAAUUGUUAAAAGAAGGCUUUUACAUAACAUAAAAAUUUAAAUCGAAAAUAAUUCUUUCCAUCAUUUCUGCUUGCCUAAAGGAUGAUAAGAAAAUAUAUAGCCUGUCUUCACCCUUGUACUUAAAUAAUAUUUGAACCCUCUGUUUGAACUUGUAAGCAUUUUCAGAAUAAAGAAUUUAAAAUGAAAGUAAUGUAGGAAUUUUUUUUUCAAACCAAAAGACAUGAAAAGCUUGCAAUGUUUAUAAUAAAUUUGAGCCUCUUUAGAGAGGCUGCAACUCAAGAAGCAGGAACUGUACAUGAAUGAGUUUGAGUAUCUCUAUAGAUCAAUGUGAUUCUCUGUAAAUUAUAAUAUUUACAAGUGAUCUGGUUUAAAAGAGCCAAUUGACAAUUAGGAAAAUGACAAGCAUAAAAUUAUUUCUGCCGAUAACCAGAUACAAGAAAAAGGCAAAGUUUUUUUCGAAAUGAAACAAACCAUUAAGACGAUUAUACACAUAUAAGAAAUUUUUCGUAAAAUAAUUGUUCCAGAUGUGGUUUUAGCUCUUUCUGCCUGAAAGGGGAGGAAAAUGAUGGAAACUUCUAUUGAGACAAAUGAACAUUUAGUUACUAAUCUCUGUGAUAAAGAACUGGAUACUGGUAUAGAUGUUCAAACUGUAGCUUGCACGGAUAAGAAACAUUUUGCAUGUGAUGUCUGUGGUAGGAUAUUUUCUCAGAAACGAUAUUUAGUGAAACAUUCUCGCAGUCACUCAAACGUAAAACUUUACUCCUGUCAUGUAUGCAAUAAAGAAUUUUCUGAGAAAUUUAAUUUGAAUCGACAUUAUCAAAUUCAUACAAAUGAAAACUCCUAUUCUUGUGAAGUAUGUAGCAAAAUUUUUUCUCAGAAAUCUUAUUUAAGUAACCAUAUGCGUACCCAUGCAAAUGAAAAACCCUAUUCUUGUAAUGUGUGCAAUAAGGAAUUUACUCAAAAAAUUAAUUUAAUUGAGCAUUAUCGAACUCAUACGAAUGAAAAACCAUAUUCUUGUGAUGUAUGCAAUAAACAGUUUACUCAUAAAUCUAAUUUAAACAAACAUUAUCGUUCUCAUACAAAUGAAAAGCCUUAUUCGUGUGAUGUUUGUCAUAAAGAAUUUUCACAUAAACAUUAUUUAAAACACCAUUAUAUAACUCAUACAAAUGUAAAACCUUAUUCUUGUGAUGUGUGCAGUAAAGAAUUUUCCCAGAAACGUUAUUUAAAAGAUCAUUAUCGUACUCAUACAAAUGAAAAACCUUAUUCUUGUGAUAUGUGCAAUAAGCAAUUUUCGCAAAGAACUGAUUUAAAUAAACAUUUAGGUACUCAUACAAAUGAAAAACCAUUUUCUUGUGAUGUAUGCAAUAAACAGUUUUCUCGAAAGGAUAAUUUGUAUCAGCAUCUUCAUAUUCAUGAAAAGGAGAAACCUUCUGUUUGUGAUAUGUAAACCCAGACUUUCCAUAUAACUUCAUUUAACAUAUAUUAUUGUUUUUAACAAAUGGAUAAAUACUAUCCGAUGCAUUGGGGGGGGGAUUAUAUUAGACUUAAAGUAAGACCAUCAUAUUCAUAAAUAUGUUGCUUCAGAUCUGUUUUAAAAUUUAGAAAAGUAUUGUAGGAAAUUUUUUAUUAAAGUCUCUUGAAAUUUUUUGCUAUUCAUAUAAAAAAACCAUUCUUACUCAAAUGUUACUUGAGUUCUACCGAUGUUUUUUUAAUUCUGCAUCUUAUUCUUCAUUAAGGGAUGUAUUACAUCUCAGAUGUCUUUUUUUUUGUGUUUAUUGUAUCUCCUGCCGGCGUGCUGAAUACUUUCCAUCAAAACGCACGUACAUACACACACAGACCAAAAAACAAAACAAAAAAAAAUGUAAGAAGGAUUUUUUUCUCUUCCUCUCCCCGAUUUUACUUCCCUGAAUGGAUGCAAAUAUACUCCUCGAUUCUAUUUACGCCUCUGAGCCAUUCUUCCUUUUUAAAUUAUGAAUGAUGAUAUUCAUUUUCUUUUCGAAUAUUAAUUCAAUGAUGAUGAUAUUCAUUUUUUUUAGUGAAUAAUGUUUGAGGAAUUGUGUAAAUGAAGGCUGUAUCGAUUGAAUACAUCAGGCAUCGCUUUUUCCGAAAUGCGAAUUGGUAAUUUGAUAAAUAAUUGAAAACUUUUCCCAAAAAGUGCUUGUUUAAAAGAAGGAUCAUAUCAUGCUGACGGAAAUCUCUUUAACUAUAUAUCUUUUCCCUUUCUGGUUCAUUUGUAAAGAAUGUGUGAUUAUAUAUUUCCCCAUUCUGUAAUUUUUUUUAUUUGCAAAUUGUUUUGUAUUUGUAAUGUGUGAUCCUUGUUUUCAUAUAAUAGGACUGGUGUAAUCUUAUAGAAUAUGUUUUUAUCUACUAUAUGUGUUAUUGUUGCACCAAGAAUUCUAAAUGUUUAUGCAUGGCUAUGAUUCCAGAAAGAAAAAAAAAAUGAAGACAAAAAAAUUUUUUAACAAAAUAUAUAUUCAGAUGUACUUUCUUAUCCAUAUCAAAA